ACUGAAUGAACGAAGAAAUUGUUGUUGCCGAAAAGAAGCAAAAGAAAAAAAUUCCCGUUGAAACACUGAAACCAAUUUUGUUUCAUUUUUGUUUUCGCGGGUAGUAGUGGGUAUAAAGCAAAAGUCGUUGUGAGAAAGCACUUCAUUGCCAUAUUAACUCAGGACAGAGUAACAACGCUUAAAACGUACGCAACGGUAGAAACAAAAUUCAGACGAGAAUGAUCGUUAGAGAUCGUGCAAAUUCGGAAGUAAUAUAACAACAGCAACAACAUUAAGAGAGAUACCAUUGACGAAAAGUGAAUCCCCUUUUGAAUGAAAACAAAAGCCAUACACAACAAAAAAAAAUAAAAACAAGACUACACACUAGUGAGAAAUUGAUUAUGGAAUGAGAGUGAAUGUGAGUGUGUGCAAGAGUCCAGCUGAUGAAAACCCAAUAAAAACAAACGUUACGCAUUAAUUGAAUAUCUGAACAAAUACACCAGCAAGAACAGAAGAAAUAUAAAAAUAAAUGCAGUAUUACAGAAAACAUUGACAUUUGAAAUAAAAACAAGAGAAUAAGUGCCAAAGUAUACAAAAUGGGAAUACGUGUUUAUGACAGCAGCGAAAUGUUGAACAUGGAAGACUACAACACUAGCUGUAGCUGCUGCAGCUGUAGUAGUACUCAGAAUACAAGUGAACAAGCCAACGGAACGGAAACGCCGUUGACAACAACUACAACAACCUGUGCCUCAAAAGAUCCAUGUGGCGCUUACAGAGACAUCGUGGGCAACUGCAAGGAAAUACAUAUGGAAACAAAUACCUGCAAUUUACGCAUUGUUGGCAACAAUAAUCGCAUCAAAAUAUCCAUGAAUACGGGUAAUUUAUUAGUAAUCGGCAACAAUAACCGCCUGAAAAUAAAAUCAAAUCAUGGCCAUCUCAAGUAUACCGGAAAUGAUGGUCGUAUUAGCCUGGGUAUUGAGUCGACACAGCAAAAUGUUAAUUACAUUGGUUGUAAUGGUACCUUGAAAAUAGUUAAAUCAAUGAAAUUUUCUAAAAAUAAAUCAACAGUCAGCAGCAGCCACAGUAAGAAAACCAAUUGCUGUUGUUGCAAUACCAGUGAUGGUGCUAACAGAAAAACGGAACAAGAUGACAAACAGUAUAAUGGAAAUUUUAAGCAGAAUUCAUCUACCACAAGAACAACAACAUCCGCCUCAAAUGACAAGAAACCCAAAAAAAAGUCCCAUUCAUAUGGUGGCGCAAAUCAAGAAUAUUGGAAUAUGUUUAAUACAACGUAUGAUAAAAGGAAAAAUUCCCUACCAAAUUUGCCAAAUUCCCAGAAGUUUGAUAUGACUGGAAAUAAAACAGAAAGAGUAAAUCCAACAAAAUUAAAUACAAAUAUUAUACAAACUAUUGGAGAUAUUGUUAUAGCCAAUGCUUCGAAUAUCUGUAUAUCACCUCAGGUUACAAAUAUUAUUACGGCUAAAGCUCAUUAGGUUUCAUAUAUAUUUUUUUGUAAAUUAUAUCACAAAACUAAGAAGGACUCAUAAUCCCUAAGGACUUUUUAGCUCAAUAAUCUAGUCUUAGCUAAUGCAAAAGGCUAUAUUACCCUGCGGCUUGAAUAUUCAUAUUACAAAAGAACAAAACAAAAACAAUUGCCAGAAGUAUUCCUCUUAUAUUUUUAUCAUUCAUUUUCAAAAACCAGUUAAAUGGUUAUUUCAUGUUCAAAGAUUGAGACUUAAUACAAUGUUUAUUUUCUUGCCUUUAAGUUAUAAAAACAAAAAACAGAUAUUUUCUUGAGAAAACCAUGUUCCUAAUCAAUAGACAAUCAUGACAAAUACGUGUAUACAUUUGUAUUAGCACUAAGCAAUAUUAUUCAUUAUAGAACAAUUGUUAUUUAGUACCUAAUUUUAUUGUAAUAGUUAUAUCGAAAAAAAAUUAUUUUGACUGAUUGUUAAGUAAUGGAAAAA